AGAUUGUCUACUAAGCACUAAAUUAUAUUUACUCAACUUUUUUUUUUUUUGAACCUUUAUAUUUACUCAACUUAGCACCAUCUUUAAGCUCUGAAGCCUCCCAACUUGACUCUUUGGGAAGAUGAAAACUCUCUUGAUAACAAUUACUCUACUUUUCAUAUCAGUAACAUUUUCAGAUGCAGAGAUCAAACAAUGGUGUGUAGCCAAUAAAGAGGCACCAGAUGAUGUGCUACAAGCAGCCUUAGAAUCGGCUUGUCAACACGGCGGAGCAGACUGUAGUAAGAUUAAGCCUAACAACCCUUGCUUCUUGCCCAACACGAUCAAGGACCAUGCCUCUUUUGUCUUCAAUAUUUAUUACCAGAAUUAUAAGCACAAGGGCGGUUUUUGUUACUUCAAUAGGGCUGCGAUGAUCACCGACCGCGACCCUAGUCGCGGUUCUUGCCAUUAUGAGUAUAUCCCCUGAUUUAAAGGAAAGGGCCAAUAUGAAAUGAAACCAGAUGAAUAUGGUUUCAUUCGGAAGGGCGAGAAAAGACAUCCUUAGUGAUUCGAAG